UAAUCCAUGGCUUACCUUGAUGAAUAUACUGAAACAUUCAAGAUGAGUAGCAACAGUACCAGCAUUGACUGCAAUGUACCUAAUGUGACAUUUCAGUACUCCCUCUAUGCAACCACCUACAUUCUCAUUUUCAUCCCUGGUCUUCUGGCCAACAGUGCAGCCCUGUGGGUUCUGUGUCGCUUCAUCAGCAAGAAGAAUAAAGCCAUCAUUUUCAUGAUCAACCUCUCUGUGGCUGACCUUGCUCAUGUGUUGUCCUUACCUCUCCGGAUUUACUAUUACAUCAGCCAUCACUGGCCUUUCCAGAGGGCCCUUUGCCUACUGUGCUUCUACUUGAAGUAUCUCAACAUGUAUGCCAGCAUUUGCUUCCUAACAUGCAUCAGCCUUCAAAGGUGUUUCUUUCUCCUGAAGCCCUUCAGAGCCAGAGACUGGAAACGUAGAUAUGACGUGGGCAUCAGUGUUGCCAUCUGGAUCAUUGUGGGGACUGCCUGUUUGCCAUUUCCCAUCCUGAGAAGCACAGACUUAGCCAACAACACAAAAUCGUGCUUUGCUGAUCUUGGUUACAAGCAAAUGAAUGCAGUAGCUUUAGUUGGAAUGAUUACAAUUGCUGAGCUUGCAGGAUUUGUGAUCCCAGUGAUCAUCAUCGCAUGGUGUACCUGGAAAACCACUAUAUCUUUGAGACAGCCACCAAUGGCUUUCCAAGGGAUCAAUGAAAGGCAGAAAGCACUGCGAAUGCUUUUCAUGUGUUCUGCAGUCUUCUUCAUUUGCUUUAGUCCUUAUCAUAUUAACUUUAUUUUUUACACCAUGGUAAAGGAAACCAUCAUUAGCAGUUGUCCUAUUGUCCAAAGCACACUGUAUUUCCACCCUUUUUGUCUGUGUCUUGCAAGUCUCUGCUGCCUUUUGGAUCCAAUUCUCUAUUACUUCAUGGCCUCAGAGUUUCGUGAUCAAAUAUCUCGUCAUGGCAGCUCUGUGACCCGUUCCCGUCUCAUGAGCAGAGAGAGUGGGUCAUCAAUUAUUGGCUAAAA